AUGACCAAGGACUCGCCCAACCCUUCCGGUGGCAGCCGCGCGACACCCAAGAAGCUGGCCAGUCCGGGCCCGACGGCCUCGGCAUCAGCAUCAGUGCUGGAGGAGCAGAAGCGGGAGCUGGAGAAGCUACGGGCGGAGCUGGAGGAGGAGCGGGCGCGCGGGAGGGCGGAGCGGCGGCGCUGGGCGGCCGAGGCGCGCCAGCUGCGGGAGGCGGAGGAGCAGGGGCGGCGGCAGCUGGUGGACCAUCUGCGCUCCCAGUGGGAGGCCCAGCGCUGCCGGGAGCUGCGGCAGCUGCAGGAGAAGGUGCUGCGGGAGCGCGAGGCCGAGAUCCGGCAGCUGCUGCGCUGGAAGGAGGCCGAGAUGCGGCAGUUGCAGCAGCUGCUGCACCGCGAGCGCGACGGCGUCGUCCGCCAGGCGCGGGAGCUGCAGCGCCAGCUGGCCGCCGAGCUGGUGAACCGCGGCUACGGCGGCCGCGCGGGGGCGCCCAAGGCCGCCGCCACCGCCGCCGCCGCCGCGCAGUGCCGCUGCCGCCUGCAGGACGUGCUGGCGCAGCUCCGCUGGGAGACCGACGGCGAGCAGGCCGCGCGCAUCCGCCACCUGCAGGCGGCGCUCGACCUGGAGCGGCAGCUCUUUCUCAAGUACGCCCUGGAGCACUCCCGCUGGCUCCCGGUUUUGCCCGGCGCCGCAGAUCCCCAGGCGGCUGUGCAUUCUUCGGAAGACCCGCACCCCGAGGUCGCCAGCGACUCUCACCGCCCUCCAAAGUCCCCCCAAGUUCGACUCGAAUCCCUUGAUGGCCUGAGCUCCCGCUCCCUCGAAGGGGUGCCCGCAGCGUGCUCCAACUCCCUCGACAGCCUGCUCCCCACGCGCUCCGGCUCCCUCGCUACCCUGGCACCAGCGCGCUCCCACUCGCUCGACAGCAUUCUGAGUCGUCGUCCCCUCAGGGCCCCCGAGUCCGAGGAGCGGGCUUCCUCGGCGGACACGUUCAUCCUGGGCUUCCUGAGUCCCCCGCCGCCAUCGCCGUCGCCGCCGCCGCUGCCACCACCGCCACCACCGCCACCACCAUCGCGGCCCAGGGGUCCUGGCCACCGGACAGGAGAAGACUCCGGGAGCCAGCCCUGCGAUGCCCUGGCCCUCUUGCCGCCCCUGAGCCUGGAGGACCAAGAGCUUGGGAAGCAGAACUCGGAGCUGUCGGAGGCGCUGCAGAGACUGGCGCGCCGCUGCUCGGACCUGCAGCAAGAGAACCUGCAGCUGCGGCGGCGCGCGCGCUUCCCCGACCAGGAGGCGGACAAGGCGAAGCGGCUCAAGGUGAAGCACGCGGAGCUCACAGGCCUGGCUCGCCGCCUGGAGGACCGGGCCCGCAAGCUGCAGGAGACCAACCUGCGGGCCCUGAGCGCGCCGGUGCCCGGGGAGAGCCGCGCCGCCGCCGCCGCCGGCCUGGAGCUGUGCCAGGCCUUCGCCCGCCAGCGCGCCCAGGACCUGUCGGAGCAGGCGAGCGCGCUGCUGGCCAAGGACAAGCAGAUCGAAGAGCUGCAGCACGAGUGCCACUUGCUGCAGACGCACGUCGCCUCGGGCCUCGGCAGCGCCCCGCACCCUCAUGGGGGCGCGGCCAGCGCGCAGUGGCUCAAAGUCAGCGACCUGGACCGGCUGCAGCGGGAGUCCCAGCGCGAGGUGCUGCGCCUGCAGAGGCAGCUGACGCUGCAGAAGGCGGCCACCCGCGGCGCCCGGGCGGAGCCGAGCCGCAAUAGAAGUCCAAUGCGCUAUCCAUUGCGCCACGGAGCCCCGAGCCGCAGUAGAGAUCUCAGAUGCGAGGAGGCGCGGUGCCAGGUGCAGGCGCUGGAGCGCGAGGUGUCCCCGCGGAGGCGGGAGUGCCAGGAGCUGGGGGCCCCGGCGGCGGCGGCGCGGCGGCGGCGCGGCUCGGAGGCGGAGGCACAGCUGCAGACCGCGCUUGGCGAGGGCGCCUGGCUGGCCGAGGAGAAGGCGCGGCUGCUGCCGGCACAAGCCGCCGGCUGGACGCGGAAGCUGGCGGCCGAGAAUGACGACGUGCGCGAGCAGCUGGGCCGCGCGUGCCGGGAGCGCGACGCCACGGGCUUGCUGGUGGAGCAGCUGCUGCAGCAGGCGGCGCGCGAGCGGGACGAGCAGCAGCAGCUGCAGCGUGACCUGCAGAAGGCACUGCGCGAUCUCGAGGCUGCCCGGGAGGAAGUGCGGGUGCUGCAGAGCCAGCCUGGUCCUCAUCCCCAGGAGCCCCCGGAGACCUCCCAAGCCCCGGAUUUCCAAGGCAGGAAGAGCAGAAGGGCCAGGUUCCAGCCAGGACCCGAAGACCGGGCAUCUCCACGGUCCAGCCGAGACAAACAGGAGGGGGACGCCUCUCUGCCGGAGAGCUCAGUUGCCCUCAGGGAGCCAGCCCGUGCCCCCCCUCAAGCACCAGGCAGAAUCCCAGCCAGCCAGCCUCUGGACAGCAGACCCCAGGCCAAGAAAACCAGCUCCCAGUCCAACUCCUCCUCCGAGGUGGAAUCCCUGUGGGCCACCGUGCCGUCUUGCCUUACUCUGGACAUGGACACAGCCAGUGAGGUGGAGGACCUGGAUCCCGACAGCGUGUCCUUGACCCUGGAAGCGGGAGACUCGGAGGCCCCCUCCGCCGCCGCCGCCGCCGCCGCCGCCGCCGCCGCCGCCGCCGCCGCUGCCGCCGCCCCCAAGCUCAAGAUCUUCCUGGUUCGAUACAGCUACAACCCAUUUGAGGGGCCCAACGAGCACCCGGAGAGCGAGCUGCCCCUCACGGCGGGCGACUACGUCUACAUCUUUGGCGAGAUGGACGAGGACGGCUUCUACGAAGGGGAGCUGGAGGACGGCCGGCGGGGCCUGGUGCCCUCCAACCUGGUGGUGCAGAUUCCCGACAACGACGUCCUUGGCUGCCUGCCCCCCGAGACCUCUGACCCUGGCCCCGCUCAGCUCCCAGCUGGACAGGGCAGAGCUUCAAAGGAAGACAUUAGUCACAGGGUACUGCCCGGGGAAGCUCAGGGAGCUGCGGAUGGGGAGAUGUGCCAGAUGGUGAGGGCGGCCUCCAAGAUGGAAGUGGCAAUAGAGAUCUCCGAUGCCAAGACAGAAGAUGGCUGGCCGGGCCCAGCACCGAGUGUGGAGGAGCAGGGGUUCUCCAGAUCCCUCUUAGGACCCGACGGGGUCCCCUGCGUAGCCCCCAAACAGCUACGCCUGCAGAAUGUUGCGGCCACAUCGGCUAGGAUCCUCUGGGUCUCCAGCAGCCCCCGCCGGCCGCACGUGGUGUACCUCGAUGACCAGAAGCACGCCCUGACCCCAGCCGGCGUGAGCAGCUACGCCUUCCGCAGCCUGCAGCCCAGCACGCGGUACCGGGUGCAGGUGGAGGUGCAGCUGCCGUGGGACUCCAUGCAGGGGCGCUGGGAAACCCUGUCCUCCGCGCUCACCUUCGACACGCCCUUGGCGGGGCCCCCGGACCCUCCGCUGGACGUGCUGGUGGAGCGCCACACAGUGCCGGGCCUCCUGGUGGUCAGCUGGCUCCCAGUGACCAUCGACCUGGCCGGCUUCUCCAACGGGGUCCGGGUCACCGGCUACGCCGUGUAUGCCGAUGGGCUCAAGGUGGCAGAGGUCACCAACGCCACCGCUGGCAGCACCCUGUUGGAGCUGUCCCAGCUCCAGCUGCCCCGGAUGUGCCAGAAGGUCUCGGUGAGAACCGUCUCCCUCUGUGGCGAGUCGCCGGAUUCGGUGCCGGCUCAGAUCCCUCAGGACGUUUGGACCGGGAACAGACUGUCAGAGACCUCUCCCUUUACUUGCCCCCGUGGCGACCGGUCCCCGUGCACCACCACCUUCCCCGUCUGCCCGCAGAGGUUGGCACCAGCUCCACCGGGUGCCAGGGCUGGUUCCCACACCCCCAGAAGCUGUGGGGAGUCCCUGGAAGCAUUCCCUAAAGAACCCCCGAUGCCCGGCCUGAGCUCAGAAGGAGAAUGUCCAAGGGCAGGGGCGGGUGGCCACACCCCGGGGCCUGCAGAAACCUGGGGGGUCUGCAGAGAAGACCUCCUCUCUCGGGAGAGCCCUCAGAACCACAGGCCACGCCUGCACAGUGGCCAGUCUCAGGGGGAAGAGGACCGUGACUGGCACCUGGGCACCAGCCGAAGCCCUGCUCUGGGAGUCCCCCGUCUGUCUCCCGAGCGUGCGCCCGGGAGAGAAGCCUGUCAGGAAAAGGCUGCCCUCGACAAGGUCCUGAGGCAGAAGCGAGACGCCCAGGUGUUCACACCCCCCCAGAGAGGCACCCGCCAACGACACGCGUCUGGCUUCCAUGACGUUUUGCAGCAGCAGCAGCAGGAGGAGGAGGCCCUGUGCUUCGGCCCACGGACCACUGAGAGGCAGGAGCAGAGAAGGGAGCUGAGGACGCAGAGCAGGCGAGGGCAGGCUCUGUGGGGCGAGAGAGAGAGCCAGCUCCACAAGCCCAGCUCCACGCUCUGUCCGGCUUCGUCCAGCAAAGCCGGUCCGGGGCCCGGGGGAGGCCCCCUGCUGCGGGAGGCGGGCCUGGGCGCCUCGGCCAGGGUCUUUGUGGCCCUCUUUGACUAUGACCCUCUGGUGAUGUCCGCCAGCCCCGAGGCUGCAGAGGAGGAGCUGGCCUUCCAGAAAGGGCAGCUACUGCGAGUGUGGGGCCCUCAGGACUCCCAGGGCUUCUACCGUGGGGAAUGCCACGGCCGAGUGGGCAACAUCCCCGGGCAUCUGGUGGCUGAGGUGGAGGAAGGGAUGGAGAGGACUGACAGGAGGUGGCAGUUACCAGCACAAGAUGAAAUCGGAGGGCUCCCCAUCCCCCAGGACUCCUUUCCCCCGCCCCAAGGGGACCCCAGGAAGCCUCCACUGUGCACCCGAAUGACCAUGAUGGCAGCUCUGGACUAUGACCCCAAGGACGGGUGGGUGGGGGGCCAAGUGAAGGGCAAGCUGUCGCUGAAGGCCGGGGACCUGGUCACGGUGUACGGGCCCGUGGAUGACAGGGGGUUCUACUACGGGGAGUCCGGCGGCCGCAGAGGACUCGUCCCAGCCCACCUGCUGGAUUACAUGUCCCUCCAUGAUGAGUGA